AUGAUUGAUGGCUCACUUGUGCCAAUUUUCCCACCAAAUAAACCAAACCGGCCAUAUUACUGCAGAAAAGGAUUCACAGCUAUCAAUGCUCUACGUGUUUGUAAUGCAGAUCUGAAAAUUCUUACAGUCAAUGCUAGAUAUGUGGGGUCAUCUCAUGAUUCCCAUGUCUACAAUGAAUCUGGUCUUGAUCCAGUUAUGGAAGUAGCUCAUAGAGAGGAUCGCUGCUGGCUCCUAGGUGACUCUGGGUAUGCCCAUUUACCAUGGCUUAUGACACCUAUAGAAAAUGCAGCACCAGAAACUCCAGAAGCAAGUUUCAAUAUGCUUCAAGCUAAAUGCCGGAAUCCUAUUGAACGGUUGCUCCACAACUUGUUGCUUGAGGAACGUGUUGCAAUUCCAGUCAACUAUGCUGUCUUCAUGGAUCCUCCAGAGGUGGACAAUAUUGUGGAUCCAAUUAAAUUACAGAUGCGACCUGCUCGUCUACGUCAAGUAGCUGAUGCUAAUAGAGCGUAUCUGGUUCAGCAUGCCCAUUGGCAUGUCAAUCGUGAUCAGUGGCUAUAUUUUGUAAUUUUGAAUGAAUGGCCUUUGUGA